AUGGGGGUGCGAAGCAGGUCGAAAUCCAAACGUCGACGAAGGGCGACUACAUCCGCCGGUGCCGGCGGCGUCGUCGGCGGAGACCUCAUCAGCAGCCUCACCGACGACCUGCUGGUGCGCAUCCUGGACCUGCUCCCCGAAACGAGGGACGCCGUGCGCACCCACGCGCUCUCGCGGCGGUGGCGUGGCCUGUGGACGGGUGUCUCCGCCCUCCGCUUCGACUCCGGCAGUUGGCCGGCGGCGGCGGUUCGCAGGGACGAAACCAGUGCUGCCGAACAGUACCUUGCCUUCGUGGACGACGCUCUCACGCUUCGUGCUAAAGCGACGACGACGACGAGGUGUUACGCCAUCGAGGACCUAAAGAUCUCGCUCGACAUAUCUGACGCCGCUGACCACAAAACAGAAGAGCUCCUCCUGCCACGGUCCUUGAGGGCCGCACAAGGAUGGAUCCGUUAUGCUGUGCAGCACGAGGUGAAAUCUCUAGCCCUGAACCUGUAUCUUCCAUGGCGCUACGUAGACCACCGCCUACCCAAAGAAGAAGACGAUGACGAGAAGGUGGAUUUUGAGAUGGCCCUGCUUGAUGAUGACCUAGCUAGCUCUGCAACAAAGCUGGAGACCAUGAAUUUGUCGUUGGGUGGCGUAAAGCUUCGUCUGCCAUCUUCUUCUUCCACUGUGGUAUUCUCCUCCCUCACAGAUGUUUCACUUGAAGAUAUAACUGUCAAAGGCCACCUCCUUUCCCGACUCGUUUCACCACCAUGCUGCCCACGCCUGCGCAAGCUUCAUCUCACUGAUCUUCGGUUCUCUACGAUGGAGGGGUUGCUGCUUGAAGGCGACGCACUUUUAGAGCUAUCGAUAGACAGUAUAGAGAAUAUGCAAUCCUUAGAACUUAGGACUCCUAGCCUUCGGGUUCUCCAUGUUCAGCUCUGCUCGGAUCUUGAGGGGUUCACGGUCUCGGCUCCAAGGGUACGGUAG